GUGUGUCUGUCUGGAUUUAUACUCAGUCGAGAAGUAUAAGACAUCAUCAUUAUCAUGACCACUUUUUGUUUGCUGCAAAUUAGUUUGGUGCUGCUGUGCACCACCAAAAUCUCAACUCUGGAUUGUAAUAUUCUUCCCCUCCUGCACAACAGAGUGAUCCAGGGCAAUUUACACCUUCUGAACAAAAUGGGUCAACAAUUUCCUGAGCAAUGUCAAAGUGAAAAAAUUCACUUAAAGUUCCCUGAGCAGUUUCUAAAGCUCAGACAGAAAGAGAAUGCCAAGGUGGAAAUCCAGGAGAUCCUGCAACUGAUCUUCUAUAUCUUUACCAAAAACCUAACCUUAGCUGCCUGGGAUGGAAGAUCUCUUGAAAGAUUCCAGAAUGGACUUAAUCAGCAAAUUGAGCAUCUGGAGGCAUGUUUGACAGAGAAGAUGGAGAAAAAACAACCCUUCUCAAGAAGUGAAGAAAUCAUUAGACUGAAACUGAAAAAGUACUUCCAAAAGAUAGAUAAUUUUUUAAAAGACAAACAAUACAGCCUGUGUUCCUGGGAGAUCAUCCGCCUGGAAAUGAGGAGAUGUCUUCAGUUUAUUGACAAAGUUAUAAGAAGGCUUAGAAACUAAGGUAUAAACAUUUUGAUCUGAGAAUUGGAAUCAGAAAAAAAAAUUAUCUACCUACAUUGUGAAAAUGCUUCUAGUUAAAUUUCACUGGUUUUCUCUUACUAUUUAUAUGUUGCCAAUUAUGUAUUGUUGCAUUUAAAUUAUUUCAAAGUAAUAUUUUGUUUAUAAACAAUAACACUUUCUUUAUUAAACAAAUAAUUGCACACUGACCACAAAAUAACCCACAUAAUUUUCAAUAAGUAUGACUGCAUAGGACAGUGGUAAUUUUAUGGCAAUGAACAUUAUUGCUAUAGUGUUCCCUUCUGAGAAAAGUGUGCUACUUAUUUUGGUUCCCAUUUCACCUGCCUACACAAGAUCUCUUAAUUCUGAAGGAACCAUCAAGCCAUGACCUUUUCAGAAAUCAUGUAAAUCAAUUAUCUGGGUUAAAAAUAAAAUAAUGGUAUUUUUCUGCUAUAUAUUUUUUAAAUUAUGUUUUUGUUUAAAAUAAUUCAUCACUCUUUCAAGAUACAUUACUGGAAAUAGCAUAUCUGAUACAGUGUCUGGUUAAUUCCCAUGUUUGCUUUGUUCAAGCAGUUCAAGUUAUCCUCUAAGGGUUUGUCUACAGAGGGAAAUUGACCAGAGCAGCUAUUGCUGGAUAAACUAUUCUGCAAUAGCUCCCCAUGCAGACACUCUUAUUCCAGCAUAUGUGUGUCCAUACAGGGAGCUAUUCCAGAAUACCUAUUAUGUUUUAAAUGUAUUCCCUGUCUUAUUUUCCCCUGUGUAGACACAUCUUAGGGUCAUGUUAGCUAACUACACCUCUUAAUGCUCUGUGUGUGUCUUCAAGCUGGCUGCUGAAAUCACACACACCACUACUCACACUAUUUUAUUACUACUUAAAAUUUUCUGUCCCUUACCCUUUGUUUGGAAGUGCAACCAGUGGGAAGAGUUAGCCCUUGGUAUUCCGACAUAUUUUACACAAAAGCCACAUGGUCCUGAACAUAAUAAUUACAAAGUAAAUGAGUUCCUCAAAAUGUUAAACUUACUAGGGGUGAAAUCCUAGCCUCUGUUGAACUCCGUGACAAAUCUGCCAUUGACUUACAUGGGUCUAGAAUUUACCCUUGUGUAAAUAUUCAUUGAUAAUUGAAUUCAGCUUCAGCUCAUAGUUUUCCCCUAGUAAUCUGAUGUGUGUUAUUCAGGGGAAAGCACAUCUUCAGCAGUUCAAGAAACCAGGAUGCAAAGUUGUAAUGGUAAAAUUCAAUCUGAUAAAAGAUCAAUGAUGACAAUGAUAUUCCACAGCCAUUAAGACAGUAUAGGUGGCACAGAUCUCUUUGCAGGAUGCACCUACUAACUUUCCUCCCUGAUAUCCAGUUGUGGAUAAAAGCAAAAAAAUCAAGAAUCAGCUAAAAAGACUACGGUCCAAGGACAGCAGAUCUGAAACAGAAACAUCACAAAUGCAAUCAAGUACAGAAGGAAUGAGGAUCUGGGACAACAAAAAAAGAAAGAUUGAAGGAAUAAAGUUAAGACUGAACCCACCCUCUUUUGAAUGAGACACUAGUCAAAAUAAUAUGGUUUAUAAAAUUAACUUUCUUUGCUCAUGUUACUAACACCACACUUAAAUAUUACAAC